AUGAAGACGUUACAUAUUCAAGCAGAUGACGUCAUAUGCAAGCUUGUGACUGAACGUCUCGGGGUAUCCCUGACCCCGAAUGACAUUGACCGGUCACACCGGAUCGCUGCUCCCAACCGUGACCAAGCAACUGAAUCCACAUCCGGCACAGCGCGAGCACCAAAUAGGAAAUCGAGACCACGAGCGAUAAUAGUGAAACUCACCACUUAUCGCAAGAGAGCUGAAAUCCUGAAGAUGCGCAGGAAGCUGAAGGGAAGUGGUAUCGGGAUCGACGAAGCAUUGACGAAGACCAACCAGGAUCUACUCUAUGCAGCCAAACAGCAUCAGAAGGUGAAAGAAGCAUGGACUUCAGAUGGACGCGUAAUCGUCUUACUACCGGCAACCAGAGGAAAUACCAUCAAACGUGUGAUUCGUAGCAAAGAAGAAUUGAAGAAAUUAUGA